AACUACUACUAAUAUUCAACUACAUGACGUGUGUUUACUUUACGUUUAAAGAAAAAAAAGGGGAAAUUUGCGUUUUCUAAAUUUGUUUCCCAUGUUCGAAAUUUCUUAAAAGAUUGAUAUCAUGCCGCGAAUAUCUGAGAGAGGUACGCUUGCAAGUGGCACUACUGUAUGGAGUGUCAACAGACUUUCAGAUAUGAUUUGGGGAUUUAUUAAUAUAGUGGUUUUCUACUUCAGAAGUUUGAUAGAUCCUCUAGUAAAUCCUGGAAAUAGCUCUGCAAGUGGAUCAAGGUCGAGUUUUGGAAGAGGACCACCAAGACCUCCUGGCCGAGGAAACUUCAGAACUUUCUCAGAUGCAUUUGGUGGUAGCGAUUCCAUACCACCACCUCCGCCUGGUGGAUGAGGCAGGUAAGGGCUCCUUUAAUCAGUUCUGGAGCCCGUGAUCUUAGCUGUAUUAUUUAUUAACACAACAGUUGAAUGGAAUAAACAUCUUUCUGAUGUGAAAGAUAUGAUGUUACCUUGGUAAAAUUUAGUAAGCCUUGGUGACUGAUGCAGUUUUCACAUUAUGGAUGAUGAUGAUACUAUUUGUACAUAUAUUUUUGUAAAUCACUGAAUGCAUUAAUAAAUGUUUUUGUUUGCUUUAUAUGAACUAUCUAAUAAAUUAUUCUUUAAAAGAA